AUAUUGACAAAUAAAAUUUAACAGCCAGUUUCGCCAACAGAUAAUAACAAUUUUUCCUUAUUUUCAAUUUUUAACUAUAAGGGUCAAAAAUGGAAAAAAUGAAUGGUGAAGAGAAAGUUAAGAAUUUAAAAAGAAACGCAUUAGAUCAGUUCGAAUUAAUAACAAGCCCACAAGAAAAAAUUCGUUUAAAAGGUAGUUUCAAUAUAGUAAAACAUUUAAGUGAUACUGGAGAAAAGGAAGGUGAAUUAAAUCAUGCCUUAUCUAGAAUAGUAAGAGGCUUGGGUUCUUCUUCUAGUAACUCUAGGGCAGGAUUUUACACUAUUUUAGUCGCAGUUUUAAAUUUAAAACCUAAUAUUUCAGUUGAUCAAAUUUUUGAACUAAUUCAUAAACAUCUCCACACGUCGGGAAGUAAUUCAAAAUCAGAAAAUGCAGAUAUUUUAACCGGUCAAAUUCUUGCAUGUGGAGCAAUAAUCAGAUCAAAUCUUUGGUUUAAAGCCGAUAAAGAAAGAAUCAGAAUUAUCGAAUGUAUUUUAAAUGCUUGCAAGGAACGCGAUUAUCAAGGAUUAUUAGGAUUCGAAUUUUUAAUAAAUGCAUUCAACAAGGUGGAUGAACAAGAAUUUUACCACCUAUGUCCAUUACUUAAAGAUGAAAUUUCCAAGCCAGUGGAAGAGCACAAUUUGGAUUCACUGUACUUGAUUUUCAAUAUACAAACAAAGUAUCCCAACCUACCGAAGAAGUUAAAAUUUGAUAUAAAAUAUCCAUCUUUCUUUUCGGAAGAAAAUGUUCCUAAGUUAUGUAAGAUUUUAAUGAUAAUUCAGAAACUUGCAGCUUUACAACAUCCAGUUUAUGAUGUUAUUAGUACGAAAUUAGUAACUUCGGAUAUUCUACCAAGAUAUUUAGAAGAAAUCGAUAGAUACCUAGAGAUUCCUAGCAGGAAUAAAUUCUUGGUUGCCGUUAAAAUGUUUACCAUAUUUUUGGAAAAACUUGAAGACGUUUCUUUAAUUCCACUUAUAUUAACAAAGAAUUUCAUUCAUCAAGUGUUGAAUCAUUUUAAAAGUUUGAAAGGCAAAGAUCAAGAUGUAGAUUUCAAAAGUAGAAUCACCAAAUUCUUUGGAACAUUGUCAGAAAAAAUAAAGAUGGAAACAGUUACAUCGACUAUUAAAAUUGUCAUCUUAAAAAAGUUGUUGUUCUCUCCAGGAACUUUUAUCUUCGAAAAAAUAACGCAUUCUAAAAUAAUUCAAAGUAUUACUUGGAGUUUGGAUACAGAGGGAGUCAAAAAACUGGGAGAAGUUUAUAAAGGUGUAAUAGAUGGUAGUGAAAUAGUGGACAGCCAAUAUGGGCACGGAGAUUACUGGUUAAAUAAUGAUAAAUUGUAUGCUGCCCAUUUAUUAAUUAAAUUAUUGAAUCAUAAAAACAUGAAAGAAGAAAAUGAAUGGAAAAUCCAGCAACUCAUAUUCAUAAUGGAAUUAGGAUUGUUGAAAGAAAACAAUAUUCAAAUCGGUACUGAAUUAUCAGCUUCGUUAAAAGCGGCGUUUUUUGGAGCAUUAGAUCUUAAAUUAUCCAAACUGGAAGAGUUGCAUAACAUUUUAUCGCACAUCGUACUUCAUUUAAAUUCCAAAUUGUCCCCAGAAAAUCUGGAGAGUAUUUUAAGGACACCAAUUACCUCAGAAGAAUUUGCGAUUUGGGAGAAAACUGUAGCCAUCAUCAAGAAAAUUGAAAAAAAGAGGAAAAAGAGAGGAUUGAAAUCGGUUUUUUUAACUCUCUUCCUUCAUUUGGCGCUACUACUUUUUAAUGACCCUAAAUUAGCUUCGGAUGCUUUGAAUGAAUUGUUUGUAUGUUACGAAAAAACUAGAAAAAAUCGAAACGAUAGUGUAUUGUCUGAAGAUCAAUCGACUGAAGUAGAUGAUAACGAAGAAAUGAUGUGGAUAGAAGUAGUAACGGAUUUAUUUUUAAACUUUUUAUCGCAAAAUUCUCAUUUACUGAGGAACAUAAUUAACCUUGUAUUUCCAUAUUUAUGUGAGUACAUGACCCCAUCCACUAUUCAACAGUUAGUUUCAGUUCUGGACCCAGAAAAUGAGAAUCCGCUAUCCAAAGGGAACGCUGUUAGCGAUGAAGAAGAUUCUGAUAGUUCAGAUGAAGAAUCAGAAAAGGAAGACGAUGAUGUUGAUGACGAUGAUGAUGAUGAUGAUUCUGAGGAUGAUGUUGAAGACCAGAGUACCCACGAUAAAUUACGAAUGGCACUACAUCAAGUUUUAAAUUCCAACGGUUAUAAAUCUGAUGAGGAAAGUAUUGAUAUUGAUGAAAUGAGUGAAACUGAAGGAGAAAAAUUAGAUAAGGCUUUAGCGGGAGCUUUCAAGCAAUUCCGACCUAAUCAUGGUAAAAGCAAUAAACAAAAUGAAGAACAACGAAGUUUGACUCAUUUUAGAAUAAGAGUUUUGGAUCUAAUCGAUAAAUAUUUGGAUUCGACUCCAUCUAUGAUGUUAUCGUUGGAAAUUAUGUUACCUCUUUUGAAAACCGUAGAGUUUUGUGUUAGAGAUGAACAUCAAAGUCCUUUAUUAAACAGAUUGAAAACUUCCAUAAAAAAAUUAUCGAGUUUGAAGAAAUUCAGUGAUACUGAUCUUGUAAACGAGACAGUACUGGGUGAUUUACUUAAAAGUUUAUUAGAAAAAGGAACGAAGAAUACUUGGAUCGUUCAAGAUAUGAGAGAACAAAUAUCCGAUUGUUGUAUAUUUGUUAUAAAAUGUUCGGAUUUGUUAGCGAAUAGUGAAUCAACCCCAAAGAAAGUGAGAAAACGAUUGAAGAAUUCUAUAAAUGAAUUGAUAAGUAAUGAAUUCGAUACUUAUUUUAAUAAAAGGGAGUGCAUAACGCCCUAUCUGGUUUUUAAAAACCUCGUAAAAAUAUCUUGGUCGGGAAAUAUAACUUUGAUGCCUCUUAUAUUGAAAUACAUAUUCGAUGAAAACGUUAAGAUGUUUAAAAAAGUUCAAGCAACUGAAUUGGCUCUAUUAUUCUAUACAAAUCAACGAUAUUUGAGUGUUAAUACAGAAUCGAUUAGAGAAAGUUUAAAUGAGAGCCAUGCUGCUUUUUCAAAUAACGUUAUAUCUUUAUUUAAAUCGUUUUGUGAUAAGAAACCAUCGGAAAAAUUUAUCUGUUCAAUGUUUAAAUUACUGUCAGUUUUAAAAACUUGUGUAUUGAAUAUCGAGAAUAUCGAUUGGGAGCGAAUAGCUGAAACGAUUAGGGAAUACAGGAGCACAGUUUCCUUGGCGAAAGAUGCAAAAACUGCUUUCAAUAAACUUUGUGAUCGUUUAAAAAUUUCUAAUAUAGUUAAAAUGAAUCCAACCGUCAGUAGUGUUAGACAAUCAGUCGAAGGAAAACCUAAAGAUGUGAAAGAAAAGAAAAAGAAUAAACAGAAGAUGAAUAAAGAGAAACUCAAGUUAAAGAAAGAUGCUAAAGCUUUACGGUUGGAGAGUUUGUCAGAAGGUUUUAAAAAUUUAGAUUUUGCCUCGGCUAAUGAAGAAAAUAUGGUAACAGGUGGUAACGAUGAUGAAAGUAGUGAGGAAAGGACACAAGAAAGUGUAGUGGUAGUUGAUAAGAAAUCUAAAAAGAAGAGGAAAUGUUUAGAAAACUUGUUAGAAAAUGGGGUCGGUGAGAAUUUUAAUAGUAAAGGGAAAAAACGUAAAACUAAUUGAUAGUUCAAUGUCCAUAAUAAAUAAGUUAAUUACCU